AUGGAUGGAUUCAACAAGAAACCGCAGUUUCGUCACGAUCGCGUCUUACAUCCGACGUCAGAGUUCUACAGCGACGACAACAUAGACUCUAGCCAAUCUUUUCCAAGCCAUCAAACCAUUUCCAGUAAUGAUACGGACGCUGACAGCACGUUUUUCGAUGAUCCUUGGACGCGCUACUACGAGGAGGAGGAUACAUGGAGUCUGAGGCCGAUAGCGCCGAAUCUUGCACAAUUCUACGAGGAUCUGUACGCUGCCGUCGACACAAAAGAACAAGAUGUUUUUCACGAGUUUCAUAUCCACGAGACGUAUCGGCUGCCAGAAGAGAAGUUGGAUGUCGAUCGUGACAGUGCCAAAUUCUUGGCAGACUUGUUCUCACAAUUCGCAGAAAAGAUUAGCUUUGCCGAGCCUGAAAAGCUGCUUCAUCGCCUCAGGGUCGAAGAGCCGGUGCUCGGUGUCGAUCCCACGUUGGAGAUGGUUGAACUGCAGCAUCGCAAUCGACCAGAACUCACAGCAAAGGGAGAGAAACCAUUCCCGCUUGAAGUCGACAACGGUGAGACUCUACAUUGGUCAAAGAGGUCACUUGAGAAGUUUGACGAGUUGAAGUAUGAAAUUCGACAUGGUCGUUUAGGCAUGGACAAGGAGACAGCCGAAUUCAUGAGAGACCUCAUGACGACCACUCAGGCAGACGAAACCGGGUUGGAGCCCAGAUUCAAGCUCGAAUCAUUGAAAAUCAGUCCGGCAUUGCUACCGCUGUCGUCGCCUCGCAGUCUCCCUGUACUAUCAUCUCCUCUCGCCGCUAUCGAUUUCACAUCGAGCCCAGAAGACUUGCUGGCGCAAGAAGCGACCAACUUGCGCAAGAAGAUCAUGGAGCGGGAUGAGAUUCAAGGGAAUGAUUUGCUCCCCAUACAGGUCGAUGAUGAUGCUGGCAACUUGGAGAUACAUGACGAAGAUCUCAAUGAAUACCUUACCAAGGUUGCACAAAAUGGAAUCGAGAUCAUACCACAAAGCCAGGAGGACCGAAUCGUUUCGCCUGAGUCCAAACUAGCCAAUGAAAUGAUUGCAUACCUCACAAAUCUCGGCGAACCUGCAUCGGACGAGUCAUUUUCGUCUCCGACAUCACAUAAAACAAAGCGUCUUCGGGAUUUGAGGGUCGAAAGUCCGUUACUCCCAGAUGAGUAUGAGGAGCGACCAGGCAAGAAGGCCAAAGUUGGAACACUAAAGGAAGAGCUCGGCUUAGGACUUCCAGACUUAGCUGCAGAAAAGAUUCCUGACUCGAUGGAUGAUCAUGUCGAGACCGACUUGACCCAAGCUCUCAUGCCGUACGCUCAGGCUGCACUCGAUACCUUGGCAAAGGAACAACUCCAAGAAAUUGAUACUGUUCUACGAGUCCCUGUGUCAUCGUUGCCAGCAGAUCCACUGAUCACGCCACCUUGGCAAAUGCCGACACAUACGGAUGUCGCUUCAUCAACGUCCAAUCGUCUACCAGACGCACUCCCCAUGGCGGAGAGGUUCCUGUUAUCAGGCGAUAAGAGAUGGAGUGGUGUGUCCAAAGUAGAGCGUCUACUUUCCUGGACGGCGUUUCCAUCUCGGCUCGGGAAGAUCCCACCAGAGGGCGACUUUGACGACGGCUCAUUGGCGAGAUACCUGGCGGAUCUUGCUCUAGAUGAAGUUACGGGAUUGGAGGGUUUCAUCUGGAAGCCCGACGGAUAUCGCGUACUUGAAUUCGAUGACGAAGAGCUUGAGGAUUUGAGCAUGCAGGGAGAGUACACUGUGGAAGAUAGACGCACAGUAGACCAGGAUAUUCAAGAUGCCGAAACCAUCAUCGCUGCACCUUUGACUGGAAAUGGGCAAAUGACUUCAGAGCCAGUCAAAGAAGUUCAAUCAGUGCUAAUGGCGCAACGCGAGGAGAUGGACUUCGCUGAUCUCCUCACAAAGAGGAAGCAAGCUCUGAAUGGUUUACCGAAAUCGGGCACACCGAUUCAGGCUGAGAACGGCUCUGGGCAGGCGAGCCUCGUCAAUUUCCUGAGGCUUCAAGGCAAAACUAUAAGCAUACCUGCGAACCUGUCACCGGCGAUCGUGGCUCGCAAGAUGCCACAGCCUCCAUCCAUACAGGCCACUACAGCAACCGUGACGAGGACCGCCGCCGAUCUUUCUCUGCCAGCUCUUCAGCGACCAGACCGCCGCUUCAAUCUGGUCAUAACGCACGCAAUGAUGGCGGACUGGAAGCUACUUCGAGCGCUCGAAGCUCAUCUCCCCAAUCUUGAAUAUAUUGAACGAGAUUCUGUCAUGAUCUCUCAAGAAAGAGACGGCCCACACAAACUCACCCGCGGCGACAUUGAAGCCGACUUGACCAUCUCUGCCAGUACGGGAAUCAUGCUCAUGACUCUACAGAAGAUCAAACAAAAGCCUCUUCCUGGGCAGGAGAAGUCUUUCCACGGCGUAAAAGAGCGGAUAGGCGAUGUUGCUCCCCGGUAUGACACUCUGAUCGUGCUCGUCAGCGAAGGAGGGAAUGAAGGCAACAGCGACAAGGCUUCGAUGGCAAAAUCAUCCAAUUUCGAGCAACCCUUGUUCGUUCAAAGUCUCGAUGGCCGCGAUGCAGCAGCUUUGUCGGAACUGGUCCGUCUCAACGAGUCCCUGCCGUCCACGGAGAUCAUCGUCCGAUACAUACCUGGAGGUCAGUCCGCUCUGGUCCACUGGAUCGCGGCAAUCAUUUGUCAACAGGGGUGGUGCGCAGAUGACAACUCGUCAACCAAGAACCCUGCAGCUCAGCCUGCGACCAUGAUACGCGACGAUGAUGGCAAACGUUCAGACGACGCUUCAUUCCUCGAAAUCGCAGCUGCUGAUGUCGGGCAGCAGCACAUUCCCCAAACAUCCUCCACGCCACCACCUCCACCGCCUCCCCAUCCGGCACAUACCACCCUCCUCGCCGACGAAACCUUCUGGGAGCGAUUCCUCCGCUCCGCCGGGAUGAACUCCUUCGCAGCGCAGAUGAUCCUCGGUCGUUUGAAGAAGGGUCCACGAUCAUACAGCAGUGCGUGGGACGGCCUCGCCACAUUUAUCGGAAUGAGCGCCGAUCAGCGCGAGACAGCUUUCGGGGAUCUGUUUGUGCCUGCCAGGGUGGGUCGGGAGAAUCUCUUCGCGAGGGUCGGGCGUGUCUUUGAUCGCGGUGGAAAUCGAAAUGGGGAGGGAGGGUAUUGGGCAAACAUUGGCGGGACGCGGUGA